AUGGCAAACAAACUAACCUUCUUGUUCUGUCUAAUCUUCAUGGUUGCUAUUCUAGCCCAUAAUCAGGCUUAUAGCACCUUUCUACCAGCUUCUGAGCUGCAACCACAGAGAAACAAUCGAAUUGUAAGACCAGAUUCCCCUCCAUGCUAUGGGGACGAGGUCCCAGAGGAAGUACUACCAGAGCCAUUCAGUCGGUUGCAACAGACGAACUUACUUAGAGCCUCAACUUCAUCAUUGAGGAGUGAGCCACCUGCCAUGGAAUUUGCCCAAGGGCAUCCAGCAGUAGCAGCAUCACAUCUAUCUCAAGCUUUCAAGAAGUCUUUCUCCCGCCGGGGCUCACCCCAUUAUGCAGAAAACUUGAAGCAAGAGUAUUCAGUUGUCUCCAUCCAUGCUCCAGUUUCAGAACCUAAGCCAGCCAAAUGCCCUUAUGAUCAGGAAACUAGUGCAUUUGCUGCCAAUUCUCCUUCCAAUAUAUCUGUGAAUUUAGCAAGUGUAAAAUGCUCAGCCAAUGUGGCUUCAUCAGCUAGUUUAUCACCAUCUCUUCUGGAAACCCCUGUAAAAAACAUAAAUUCCUCCAGUGAAAUGUCUACCACUCAAAGAACUCCUGCAGAACUUGUCUACUCCCCGGUCGAACUGAUGAGUGCCACUCCUGUUCUUCGAACACCUAAGAGACGAUACAUGAGCCCAAAUGAUGAUUCAUUUAGAUCACCAAGCAAACUGGUCCAGCGUCCACCCCGUAGUAAGAGGUCUUUGAUUCUUGACACCCCUGUGAAGAAUGUGAAGAUUGAGGAUGAUUUGAGUGAGAUUGGAAAGUCGUCAAUUGAUCAUGAAGUCUUUGAUAUUCUUCCAGAGACACUUAUCCAAUCAAUCAAAGAAAAAGAGAGGAGAAUAUCAUUGGAGCUGGAUCCAGCCAUCUCUCAGGCAAAAUGGCGUCGAAAAAUGAUUGUCAGCUUACCCAAGUUCUUUGACACAGUCUAUUUCUUCUUUCAAUCAAUCAAACGUUCCGUCAUCACAAAAGAGGAGCUCAUGCAUAAAAUAAUCGCUGGCCAUAUAGCUGUUGUUGACAGAAGAGAGAUUGAAGAACAACUCAGAUUGCUGCAAGAAUUAGUUCCAGAAUGGAUUUAUGAAAAGGCAGCAUCUAGUGGGGAUCUCCUCUUAUGCGUUAACAAGAUUUCAAGUCCUGAAUUGAUACGCACGAGACUUGCUGAGGCCAAGUGA